AUGCAGCGGACAAGCCUUUCAAAAGUCCAGCAGAUCGAGGAACUUAUCAGGACAUAUUUGUUUUGCUGGUUCAACAAAGACGUCCCAUAUCGCAUUUCUCAGCGAACCGUUGGAUGGUCGCAGCAGGAGGACGGCUCAAUUGCAGUUGAGCAGGAGCUCGUGGUCAGGACUGCGCAAGUUGCAAAGAUGAUUUGCGGCGUUAGAGGCCGCAUUCUUUUGCAGAUGCGGAAAAAUGUCACAUACAAGCUAGAACAGUUGUGGGGUUGCAUAGUUCACCUAAACAUUUUUGUUAGGGUUGCUAACGACUAA